GUCACGUUAUACCGUCACGGAGACAAGUAACCUGUGUAACGCAAUCGGCGAUUGGACAAACUUACCGUGGCACUUGUAAGGACGAUCACUCGCAGUGAUCUCUCGCCGAUUAAGUCGUAGUAUUUCUUGUCGCCCUAAAUACUCAAGCAGCCAUGUUGAAUUGGUUGAAAGGCGAAGAAAAACCGAAGGUAGACACGAGCGAAUUCCACAUUCCCGAAAGUUACCGGGGCUCCGAAGGCCCGCGCUACAAAGUUCUCGAACACAACGAUGGUUACGAAGUACGCUUGUAUGAAGACUCCCAUUGGGUCAAGACAAGAUUUGAAGAAGGCAACCUAGAAAAUUGCUCAAGUACCGGAUUCUGGAGGCUCUUCAAUUACAUCAGGGGAGAGAACGAGGGGGGAAAGAAAAUAGCCAUGACUGUGCCUGUUUAUUCCCAGGUCGAACUCGACAACGAAGGAAAAUGUGAGGCCUUCACUAUGUCUUUUUACACCCCAGCCGAGUUCCAAGCCACACCUCCAGUACCUAAAGAUAAAUCGGUGUUCCAUGAGAAAGUUGACGGCUGUGUGAUGUAUGCAUCGGGUUUUGGCGGUUUCGCGAAGGACAAGGAUUGGCGAGAAAACGAGAAGAAGCUCAAAGAGGCCUUGGAGAGAGACGGCAAGGGUUAUGUGAAAAAUAUGUACAUUGCAGCCGGCCAUGAUCCACCUUUCCGGCUGUUUGGCCGUCACAAUGAAGUAUUGCUUGUAGCUGAUCCUCAGCCUUCUUUAGCAGAGAAGAAACCGGGUAAAGAAGGCGCUUCUGGUGAAUCAACUGAAUAGAUAAUUACGUAACUUUACAGCGUGUUUCGCUUUGUUUACUGCUUCACGCUUCAGUAAUCACUACCACUCUUCAUUUGAAGAAAUCUGUGGUUUCUUUUACAGACGUCCUUGAUUUUGAACUGCGAAGACGCAUAAAAGCCUUGUGGAUUACUUCCAGAAAGCUUAAGUUGUAGAGACAAAGAAGUAAAUAUCCUUAAAUUUUUCAUGGUCAUCGAUCCUGAUUUGAAUUUUGUUCUUGAUUAUUCGAGAUUAUUUCGCAAGUCUUCCCAACUGACACUGUUUUUUCAAUUUGAAAACUGUUUAAAAGCCAAGUUUGAGAAGCAUAUUAACGAACGCUGGGAGAUUCCUUUAUUUGUUUUGUAACAGUUAUAACAAACUAACAUAUUAGAAGUUAAUCGAAAAAAACAUAGCUUUGGUGAAUCGAAGCGAAAUUCACUUGUUUAAUUGAAGACUAUGAAAGUAAAGGUACAUAUGCAAAUGUAAACCAAUUUUACUAAUUAGGUUCAUACGGAAUUAAAAAUAUCUAUUCGGUGUUA